AUGGACCCUUCAGCCCUCUUUGCUGCUCUCAACAACCCAGUGCCCACCAGCAACUGGGCUGUGUCCAAGCAUCAAGCAUUGGAGAUGGUGUUGAUGGCCAAGGCGGAUUUGGAAACGGUCAAAACUUUCUACGAAUUCUAUCCAGAAGCACUCACCAAAGAGCUCUUCCACAAUGUGCUCAAAUGCGGAGCCAAACCAGGAGUGGUUGGUUUUCUUGCCGAAAAAUGCCCCGAGCUAGUGGAUGUGGAUGCUUUUGAGAUGGCUGUGGUUCAAGGACCAGGACCCGAUAGACCCACGGAGGUUGAAAUCAUUACCCUGGCGGAACUCAACCCAUCUGUAUUGGGGCCAGCACCCGGCCCUUACACGCUAAUUCCCGGUUCUUUGCUCUUAAUUCUCAACUGGAAAUACAGCCAAGAAUUGACCCAAGCCCUCUUUAAAGUGUUUGAACUAAAGACAAAUGAUUUUGAUCUAUGUGACAAUCUAUUUGAAUUGCCAGGUGACUGUCCUUGGGUUGAUGAAAACUUCACUGCAAAACGAACGGCAUUGGACAUGGAGGCAUUGAUGGGUAUGGCACCAGUACUGGACAGCCAGAAGACCCACACCAUUAUCAGUCGUUGUAUGGAAUGGGAACUGGAUGCAUGCUUGGCUUUUAUCCACCGUGCACUUUCCAACCAGAGCCUACAGACGUUCUGUUUCACGUUCCCAAAAGUCUCACAAGAAGAACAACAGCAUCAAGGGGGCGAGGCAACAUGGUUCACCACACCCUUGUUCCAAGAGCUACUGUCACAGUGCACCGUUCAAAAUGUGCUUUCGCACUUUGUUCCAAGCAAUCCGUUGGCGGUGGACUUUGUGACAACUGGCUUGUGUAAGAUGCCAUAUCUAAAGGGAGUGAGUCUACGAGUCGAUGGUGAUGUGGCUGAUUUGGCACCAACAGUGAGUAGUUUCCUCUCCCGCAAUUCUUCAUUGACUGUCUUGAGUCUUCGAGCAACAACCGACACAACGGAAAAGGGACUGGAUGCAAUCAUCCGCACAUUAGAGCACGAUCACAUCGUUCAAGUCUUCAUGUACUCGCAAGAGAAUGUCCAACACAACAAAUUCGAAAGGUACCAAGAGAUGUUUGUGGAGAUCCUGGACAAGUCCAAUAUUAGCCUCAAUCGCGUCACAUUUAAUGAUGGCUGCAAUGCUGACAAAAUGCAGGGGUAUCUCUGCAACAAACUCCAUCCCAGUGAACAUUUGCUGCCCUUUUACACCUCUCUCAAUUGGCUGGGACGCAAGCAAGCACUGGAUCCAGAAUCGACACAAGUGGAAUUCGUCGAGCUAUUAGAAACUGUCCAAGACAUUCAACUACUGAGAUGCGGCAACGAAGACCAUGUGACCGCCGAGGCGACAGCAGAGGAUAAAUUCAACCUUUUGUAUGGUCUCUUGCGUGAGAAUCCUGCCAAAUGGAGUCAUGCGUCCAAUAACAACAAUCUGCCAUCCAAGCCAGGUAAUGGUGGCUGGGGACGGAAUCAAAUAGAAGUAUAG